CGUUAACCUCGUCUCUUCCCCUCGGUUCAACCCCCCAUUAUCGUUUCCCAGCCAGAUUUCUACUUCUAUCCGUCUCUAUCGUCUUUGCAGACUCCCCAACCGUCAAAAUGGCCGACUUCCAAAACAUUGCCCAGCAAUUCGUCCAGUUUUACUACAACACUUUCGACGCCGACCGCGCAUCCCUGGCCGGUCUCUACCGUGAUCAGUCUAUGCUCACCUUCGAGACCAGCUCCACGAUCGGUGUCGCCAGUAUCGUCGAGAAGCUGACCAGCCUCCCCUUCCAGAAGGUCGUGCACAAGGUCUCCACCCUCGACGCCCAGCCCUCCAGCAAAGAGGGUAGCAUCCUUGUCAUGGUCACCGGUGCUCUUCUGGUCGACGAGGAGCAGAACCCCAUGAACUACACUCAGAGCUUCAACCUCUGCCCCGACGGCGCCGGCAGCUACUACGUCCAGAACGACAUCUUCCGUCUGAUCUACAACGCAUAAACGGGUUUCCCACAUCAUCAUCAUCACUGUUUAGAUACCGGAGAGUCUGGAGGGAAAGGAAAGGAGGGGGCCGUCCUGCGGCUUGCGAAUGGGAAUGUCUUAAUUAGAGAGACUCUGGUCAUGAGUCGGCAGAUAAUCCCUUUUUCUUUUUCUUCUCUUUUUGAAGCUUGAAACGAAGUCAAUGAAAUUCAAAUCUAAAAACC